AGCCCCCGGGAUGUGCCCGAAGAGUUGAGUCGUUCUGCUUAACCGAGGGUAAUUUGAGCUCCGCGAGUGUGCCCGACCCCAACGGCGUAAAGACGGGGUAAAGAGUGGCGAAUUAUUGUAGCAAACACUUGAAAAUAAUCUUAUAGUACGCGGACUUGGGGUUAAUUGUGGUGGUGGCUUUGCUCCGUGCCUCUGCCACACGUGCGGUGCGGCUUGGCGCGGAACGCGCACCCCGGUUGAUGCCGGCACCGCUCCCGGCACUGCACCCACGUGUCUUGUGAGAACCGGUCAUAAAAUACAGAAUGUAUUGUUAAUGGUGUUAAACAGGUGUUAAAUAAACCAGAAUUGCCUUUGCAAUACGCAUGUACAAGAGGUAGUUAGAAAUCGCAUGAAAAAGUAGGUAAAAAUGCUAUAAAGUAGUUGCUGAUACAAAAAAUCUUCAGGAUGGAGAUCCUGCAGUUCCUAAAACUAUCGGCGGGUCUCAUUUCUACAACACCCACUAACAUCUACUCUAAAUUGAUGCUGAGCAAGUACUGGGACCAUCUGAUUGCAAUAGCAGGGUCAGAGUGCAGAUUUUGAACAGCCCCCAGGUUCCACAGCAUGGUUCCUCUCUGAAGUGACAUCCUUUACUUCCCCCACACACCCCUAAGUAAAGGAACAUCAAAGGAUACCCAAACCCAGGGUCGGGACUGAUGGCUUUGGCAGUGCUCCUCUGGUUUGCUUUUUGUAAUCAGUCAAGCAUCCUAGGUAUUAUAGGAAAUAUAUUAAGUGUUAAUGCAAAAUUUAAAACACAUUCAAAUUCAACUUUGCAGGCCUUGCUGUCGGAUCCCUUUGGAACAAUCCCUAUUUUAAUGAUCUAUGACACGUGGAUAAAGGCAAGAGAGGACAGAAUUCUAACAGGAUUUAAGGCAGCAAGCUUCUCCUUCUGAUUCUGCCAAGAACUGUUUGCAGAAUCUUGAAAAAUCAUGUAAUCUUUCUCUAACAUCUCCCUACUUGCAGAUGAUUGAACUUUAUUAUGGUAUGGAAGUGUUUUAUAGGCUAUAUAUUGAAGUGUGGAUUCCAGAUGUCUGUUGGAGCAAGUGCAUUAUUAAUCCAUAAUCCUGAGGAGAUACAUACAUAUCUCGACCUUUCAGCCAAGAUUACUCAAUCUUAAAAUUAAAUACAUGUGUACAUCUGUAGGAUUGAGGUCAGAAUACAAGAUAAACGGAUGUUGCUAGAGAAUCAUCAGACAAAAAACACAUCAUCCAUCCAUGCUGCAAAAGUCUACCAAAAGAGACAGAACAGAGACAUAAAAGAAAAUCAACUCAUUUUUCUGAAUAUUUUUUUGGGACAUGGACAAUCUGAGACUCUUGUGUAUCAAGCAAACCCACCAAAGACUGUAUCCAUCACAUACACCUGGAAACACCAGAGCACAUUAUGGAAGUGUGGAAGUAAAUGUUUCAGAAGCAACACAGUUUCUAUCUAUAGCUCUCCAAAAAUAGAAAACACUUUUUAAACCUUGUUUUAAGAUAGAAAUGAUACCUAUUCAACUACGGUUCAUUAUACCAUGGAAAUAAUCUGUGUGUCAAUAACAAAAAACCUAUCCCGAACUUAAAACAACUGGGGAAAAAAAAAAGAGGAGGGGGAAUAUGUAGGUUGUGGAUGAUGUGAAUAUCCAUAUCCACAGCUGCAUUAGACAUGAUAAAAACAUUUAGAAGCAAUAUUAAAUUCCCAGGCUCAGUGCUGGCUGAUGAGGACUGGGGCUGGUUUCCCCUCUAAGCAGAUCAUGGCAGGGUUUUCCAACAGUGCCCAGAGCUGGGCCCCAUCAGGCAGUGCUUGGACGGGACAGCCCAGGCCUGACACAAGGCUGGACUUCUCCACUUCAAAAACACGGGAAAAACACAUCAACAUUGUGAUAUAGUGUCAAAACCACAGUAUCAACUGUGGAAAGGGAGUGGUGGCUAUUGGGAAAGGGGCAGGGCUGAACUCCUUGAAAAAAGCACAAAGGUUUUUUUGCUAGACAUUAAUGCAACUUAAAUUAUUUAAGAUCUAAUCAUGCCAAGGUGCUGGAUCCUGACCUCGUAAGGUUGGAACUGGGAGCUGUCAUUUAAUUAAUGUUGUACUGCAGGGCUCAUGCUGAAACCAGAGCUGAAGUGCUCUGCUGGGGAAGGCUCUAUGAAGACGUGGGAUCAUUUCACUCCACUGAGCUUUAAAACAGUUACUUCCCAUUGCAUAGAAUGGACUGGACUAAUCUUAAAACAUUUUUGAAGAUACUGUUUAUCCUAUAAGAUCUACCAUUCUAUAUUUUCCUUACCUUGGGCUAGGAUGGAAGAUGAGAUAUUUAAGUAUUUCACUGUUUUAUGAAGGAAGCUGAAAUACAAUUUUUCUAGACAUGACAGACCAAAAUCUUUCAUCUGCAGAAAUUCCAUCAGCUAAAUGUUAAGCUCUGCUUUAGAUGAGAUUUGCAAAGAUGUUCUCUUUAACCUCCCUGGGACUGCUCCCAAGCCUUUAUUUGCCUUUUGCAAGUUCAGAUAUGUUGUUUUUAAUGCAGAUCUACCAUGACUUCCACUUUGUGGUGGCUUGAUUCGGGUUGGGUGCAGUAAGAGGAACAAAUAGAAGUGCUGAUUUGCAUGUGAAGCUGGAGAUCCGUUUUAGCAAAGCUGCUGUGCCGAGGGCAGCACCUCGGUGUGCUCAGCACCGGAUCACAUUAAUCACAGGGUACUCAGAGAACCUAUUCAGCCUCCUACAGAAAAUACAGAAGUACAUUUUUAGCAGAAAAAUAGAACUGUGAGUAUCCUUGUGACAGUGUACAGAUUUCUCGGGGCUUUCUGGAAAGAAACUUGGACUUCUGCCACCUGCUCCGAUUGUGUUCAUGCAUAAAUGAUCCAGAGAACGGGUUGACAUUACCUCUAAUUAGGGGUAAUAACAGCCUGCUGCUGAAAGGGCCCGUUCCCUUCUCUUGCAUGUACAUCCCUCACUUUUCUUGCAUUAGGUCUGGUGUUGGUGCAACCACGGGGUGAGUCAGUUCAGUGACCCGAUCCAGCAGAAAACUCAGCCAUUAAGGAAAAAAAAUCUAUUUAUUUCAUUAGGUCAAUCCGCUGAAGCUCUGUAGCCAUUUGAUCGGUGCGAUGCACAGGCUGGAUGGAGAGGGCUGAGAUGAAGGGAGGGGGCAGGAUACACCCUUUUGGUGGCCUUCCGCAAUUGCACGGGUCACAGGUGACAGCAAACCCCGGCUCAGAGCCCCAGCGUGACUUCAGAAGAACUCCCUGAAGCAUUUCUAAGAGUUUAUUAAGCAUGGCUGACUCUUUUAGUUUCAGCUCACUCUAGAGUGGCAGCGUAGAGGUGUGUCAUAAUGAGCAAUAGAGUUGGAAAUAAUUUAUCCUGUUUAGUUUGUACCUCAGAUGGAGCUGUAAAAUGGGACAGAGAGGGAAAAGAGUGCACUGCUGUGGUCCUCACAUUGAUCCUUAGUGUAUGUUUUUCUGUUUAACAAACUGAUUUAUCUUUUCUUUCUUACAGGAAAGGAAUGUUUAUUUCAAAGCCACCACACUGAGGCUUGGAAUCUCAAAAUGACACAUGGGCCUGGUUUGGAAAAAGGCAUGAGAUGAAAUGCCUUCACUGAUUCUGCAGGUCCUUUUUCAUACUGUUUCUCUGAAUGAAAUACAAACUCAGCAGUACAUCAGUGUUUAAUGUUGCUGUAUCUUUCAAAGCCCUUUCCAAUAAGCAGGAAUAAGAGUGAUGGACAGGAAAAUAGAGGAAUGGUGGCUAUGGUGGAAGUUCAGCUUGAUGCAGACCACGACUAUCCUCAGGGGCUCUUGAUAGCCUUCAGUGCCUGCACCACUGUGCUUGUUGCAGUUCACCUUUUUGCACUCAUGAUAAGUACCUGCAUUCUCCCAAACAUAGAGGCUGUUAGCAAUGUGCAUAACCUCAACUCUGUCAAGGAAUCUCCUCACGAGCGCAUGCACCGGCACAUUGAGCUCGCGUGGGCCUUCUCCACUGUCAUUGGGACUUUGCUCUUUCUUGCAGAAGUGGUGUUACUGUGCUGGGUGAAGUUCCUUCCUUUAAAGAAGAAAACUGACAACACCCCGCAGAGCAACAGUUCUAGCAUCACAUCAGGACAGGCAGCAGCCAUUGCAUCCACGUCCAUUAUGGUGCCCUUUGGAUUGAUUUUUAUUGUGUUUGCAGUCCACUUCUACAGGUCACUGGUGAGCCACAAAACAGACAGGCAAUUUCAGGAACUCAAUGAACUUGCUGAAUUUGCACGGCUCCAGGAUCAGCUGGAUCACAGAGGUGACGCUGUCACCUCAGCCGUCACCAAUUUUGCGUAAACCUGUGCUUAGAAAAAUAAACCCACUAUUCUGCUUCUGCCUUAUGGUGACUCCCUGUGGAUGAACUGAUCGAACUGCUGAUUACCAUUUAAAGAAUAAUUAUAAAUAUUCUAGCCCUUUAGAGAGGGGGAAAAAGAAAUGUUCCUUUCAUACAAGUUUUGCUAUCUGAAGGAAUGGAUGGUGGGGUGUGAUUGCACUGUGUGAGCAGCCCUCCUCCUGUGAACACUGUCUCGCAUCUUUCUCGUUAAUGCUGAAUGGUGGCUGUAUAAAUACAUGGAAAAUAACAUUGUACAUUUGGGUAUUUGUUAGGAAUGGAUAGAGAAGUUGUGGAUUUUUUUUUCUCUGUUUAUCUGAUGUUGGCAUUUACUAGAAGAUACUGCUUGUCCUAUCCAUAUUGCAUGGCAUGAUACAAAUUACUUGGGACAUGCAGCAAUUAGCACUCGGUUUCAGUGCUAGUGCUGCUCUCCCUGGAAAGCCUGACAGAUGGUAGGAGUGAAAGCUUUCCCAGCACUUUCCCCAGUAUGUUUUGCUGCCAAGUAAUUAUUACUUUGCUGAUUUCUCCAGUGCCUUUUUCCCGUGGCACUUACACAUUUUGUAACUUGCUAAACACCCAGGACUAGACUUACUGCCAUGUGGUGUGGCCACAUGAGUAGGAAUGAGACUCGACUCUUCUCUUCCAUGGAAGAAAAUAAAAGCAAUAACUGUUUUAAAGUU